AUGCUAAAAAUUCAAGAGAUCAAAUCAUUCGAUAUUAAUAUUCUUGAAAAAAAGAAAAAGAAAAAAAAGAAAAAAAGAAAUGAAGAAGAAAGAUUGAAAAGCGAUUGCAAAUCUGCAGCUGCGAUAGCAGACAGUCUAACCAACGACGAUGGAAUCCGCUUCCGUCUCGCGAAACGCGACGAGAAUGUCGAUGAACGUCGUCCAGACGAAGGUAGCCCGUUUACUUUCGUGUUAUUGUUAGGAAACAACGGCGACCUAACCCAAACUUCCGUCCCGACGGUUCUGAUCCUUCGUCGUUAA